AUGUCCGCGUUCUCAGAACAAAUAUUUGAAAUCGAAGACAAACCUUUAAAAUGCUGCGAUAAGUGUGGAAAACCUGGUCUAGGUCCUAUAGCUGUUGGUAAAAAGCUAAGUAUAUACGGAAAAUGAAUAAAAUCAAAAUUUCAUAUUCCUUGUUAUACCCCUUUAUCCUUAUCCCCACUCAAAAUUUCUUCAGAGUCUCCUCAAGAAGCAAUAGAAUUCGCUGAAAAAUGGAACAAACAGUUCCAAAUUUUAAAUUUAAGCACGAUCGCCCCAAUAAAAAAGCUUGAAGCUCCAGAGCCCAAAACUUAUCCUAUUUGUCUAAAAAUAGCAUUUAUAUCAAUUAAAAUAAAAAAUAUUAAUUUUUAUAUAAAAUAAAAUAUUUUAAACGAGCUUGAAUUGAAAUUUUUAAAUUUUUGACCCCAGAAGAAGCAGCUAUAAUUUCAUGUGUCUCCAAAGAAUUUUAUUAUUACUCCUGGAACUCAGAAGUCUGAAAUAAAUGAAUUCCUGAUAAAACUCAAAAUAACCCAGCUGAUGGAAAAUUAGCUUAUUUGGAAAAGAAACAUAAUACUUGUAUAUCCUGUGGAUUGUCAAUAAAAAGUGACUUAGUUAGGUGCCCAAUACUCAAAAGGGCGCUAUGUAAAACCUGCAAAUCUGCGUAUAAUAGCAAGUAUCAUAUGAAAAAAAUUGAUUGAAUUAUGAGAAGAUAUAGAGUUGAUAGGAAUUUUUUUGAAAGAAAUAACAUACCUGUAGUCUUUGACUCUUUUCUGAAUGCAAAAGCGUACACUUUUAUGGUGGAGCAAUGCUUAGAUAAGAUAGAAAAGAACAAUCCUACGUUAGCACAUAUAAUGGUCACCAGAAAGAAGAGAAGGAGAGGCGAAGGAUAG